AUGGAAGAGAAGAAAGAAAGAAAACUGAAGAUGAACCAUGCAAAGAAACGAUUGCAGGCAAUUCGCCAACAACUGAUACAAAUGAAUGAAGAUUAUAGAUAUGCUGUAGAUGCUGUAGAUGAAACCGUAAUAUUUACGGAAACUGAAGCCAGCUCAGGCAAUAAGAAUGAAAAUGCGCACGAGAUCGGUGGAGCCGGAGGUUCCAACAUUUGCUAUUCUCCUGCUAUAGACAAUCUGGAAAAACAGGUGUCCAGCAGCAUAAAUAUAAAUAUCGGUGAGGAUAUAGAUUCUUUGGAGGAAUAUACUACCAAUGAUGUUGCGGAGAUUCCUCUGGCUGAAGAGCUACGAUGUGCCAUAUUUAAUAUGGAGGACCUGGAUGACGUAGAUGAUGUCAUAGGUAAUGUGAUGAACCCUGAUGUAGUUGAUAAAUCGUUUGACUUAGAAUUUGUUGAGCAGACUCUUAAUUUAUCGAAUAGCUCCACCACUGAUGAGCGCAGCUAUACUCCUGCACAAAAUAAAGGUGCAAAUCCUUUAUUAGGAAAUAGUACUCAGAAUUUAAGGACUAUCAAGGAGGAAGAAAAAUGGAGAAAAGACCGGGAAAAGAAGGACAAUCACAAUAUAAUUGAACGACGGCGUCGAUACAACAUUAACGACAGAAUUAAAGAAUUGGCAGCUCUCCUUCCAGCAAGUGUGCCUCACCAUCUUAAACAGAACAAAGGAUCAAUUUUGAAAGCAUCUGUGGAAUAUAUGAAGGAAUUAAUAAGAGAAAAACGCACUUUGCAGAAAGUGAAAGAACACCAAAAGACAAUGAAUUCCAAAUAUCAAAAAUUGCUCAUCAGAUUUUUGCAUCUGGAAUUAAAAUUAAACCUUUAUGGAUUGUCAGAGGAGUUGAACUACUCUAGCUUCAAAAAGAAGAAAACGCCCAAGAAACGUUUAUCCGAAAUUGAUGCUAUAGUAGAGGAUCACGUAAAACAAUUCAUUCCGAAAAUUCUUGAGCAAACACCAAAUAUCUCAAUAUCCCCUUGUAAGAGAACCACAGAUGGCUCUUUGCUGACCAAAAACAAACAAAAGCUUAUGCUACCUACUAAGUUAAACUUACGACAGCAUCUCAAUAAGAAAAUGUCUGACGGAGGACACUCUUCUGCACAAAGUAAUGACAGUAUAUUAGAAGAUGGAUUCACUAACCAGUUUCAGCAUCUGAAAAAACAGAGAAAAGAAGAACAAAACUCUCCUCCAACUCAUUCUGACAAUUUAAUCGCAGAAAGAUCUAACGCGCAUAAUGAUUCUGUUUCAUUUCCGUACACAUUCAAGAAUGACAAAGCAGAUUCUGCUGUCAGUGAUGAGGAAGGAAUUUUGGAAUUGUCGACAGAGCAAUGCAACAUUUUGCUCGAUCUGUUUGAGAACAAACAAAACGAAAAUGAAUCUCUAUUAAAUACGAACUUCUUGCCUAAUCCAACAGAUGCUUCUGCGAACCUAGAGUGCUUUUCGCCAGUAACGUCUACCUGCAACAUGUUGGAAAGUUUGCUGAGAAAGCAGGACACGGCAUCCGAAUCCAGCGCCACAUCGAGUGGAUUGGAGGAUUCAACCGAGAGCGCGACGGGGUUACGUUAG